AAACCGACCCAUUUUUUCUUUCGUUUUUAACCAAGUAUUUAUCAUACGAGUGGGUGAGACAAAUAGAAAACAUACGACGUGACACUUCUGUCAAAAAUGAUUACUUAAAACAUUUUUUUGUUGGUUGGUUGGAUGUGUGAAAAGAGAUAAGUUAUUUUAAGUUCAAGGUUACUUGAGUGUAUAAAGUAUUUUAUGUAAUGAGAGAAUUUAAUGAUUUCACAUCUAUUAUUUACUUUUUAACAUUGUGACAAUAUUUUGUAUCACGUGACCUUAUAUUGAAUUUUAAUUGGUCAUUGGUGAGCGUGCCCUGCGCGACGCGAGAGGCGCAAUAAUAGUUCACCAAGAUGCCGUCGGAAUCUAAGCCUUUGUUGACAGCCCAAACAGAAAAACCAAAUCAUUAUAAAUAUCUAAAGGAAUUCAGAGUAGAGCAGUGCCCGUCAUUUUUACAACAUAAAUGUACACAACAUAGACCCUUUACAUGUUUUCACUGGCAUUUUAAUAAUCAGAGAAGAAGACGACCAGUUCGUAAAAGGGAUGGAUCGUUUAAUUAUAGCGCCGACAACUAUUGUACCAAAUAUAACGAGACUUCGGGAAUCUGCGAAGAUGGUGACGAAUGUCCAUACUUGCAUAGAACAGCAGGGGACACGGAACGUAGAUAUCACUUGCGUUACUACAAAACAUGUAUGUGCGUACAUGACACUGAUACUAGGGGUCUCUGUACUAAGAAUGGUGCGCACUGUGCAUUCGCACACGGCGCCCCAGAUCUCCGACCUCCAGUAUUAGAUAUGAGAGAACUCCAAGCUCUGGAAAACCCCGAUGGCUUGGACGGAGAUGCUGCUGCGCCAAACGCAUUAGAUAGAGAAAGAAAUCUAAUGAAUGAAGAUCCAAAGUGGCAAGAUACAAAUUAUGUACUAUCUUCAUAUAAAACGGAACCUUGUAAGAGACCUCCUAGAUUAUGUAGACAGGGUUAUGCAUGCCCUCAAUAUCACAAUAGUAAGGAUAAGCGAAGAUCUCCAAGGAAAUAUAAAUAUCGUAGCACACCAUGUCCCAAUGUUAAACAUGGUGAGGAAUGGGGUGAGCCUAGUAAUUGUGAAGCUGGUGAUGCUUGUGGUUACUGUCAUACACGCACUGAACAACAGUUCCAUCCCGAGAUAUACAAAUCGACAAAAUGCAAUGACGUACAGCAGGCCGGCUACUGUCCUAGGGGAUUAUUUUGUGCAUUUGCACAUGUGGAACCUGAAGACCUGGGUGGAGCUCGCGAUCUAACAGCUCCUUUAGAUUGUGGAACAAAUCUCGCGGACCUUUUAUCUUCCGCGUUGCCGUCAGAUAAAAAGAACGAUAUAGGAGUCCUCGGUGGGAUGAGACCUCACUCGCCUGUGACGGCACAUGUCAACGGCUCGGGGGAUGGUUCCGAAUGUGCCUCUACAUCUUCAGGCGGUUCAAGCGCGGGCCGUGCUCCUGUUCGUACACUCCUACCUAUGGCCUCUUCCAUGGUGGACCACGACAAACCGCAGCCUUCAUGGCCGCCGCGGGCUGCUUUCGAACCAAAUCCAACCGUUUUUGAAGUGGUCGGCAAUGCUCUGGACGACCUACAUCUCGACGAUCCCCUGAAUUUCGCUGCAUCCCUCGAUCGCGACUUGUCUGAUGGUGAAGGCCUACUCGUGGGCUCGGCUCCAGUCAACAUCCCUCAGCCGCGGCCGACUCUCCGCGGGUUCAGUCCACCGCCAACCAGUUCACCACUGCCACCGUUCCUGCGCUACGCAACCAAUGACACUGAGCGUCUAUUUAAUUCGCACGCAAUAAAAGCUGGUAGUUUCGGUGCAGGCGGCGCGGGGCCGUUCGAAUUUGGGGCGACCUCCCCUUCAGCGCCGGGUGAGCUGUCUCGGCUGCGAGAGGAGGUGGCCACCUCACGUGCCGCAGCCGCUAGAUGGGACGAACGUAUUGCUCAGGCUCGUUCAGCGUGCGAGGCCUGGCAGCGUGACUCGGAGGAAGCUAAACGUAAAGCGGUCAUAGCGGAGCGUCAGCGCGACGAAGCAUUGGCCCACGCGUUGGCACUUAAGCGUGAACUUGAAGCGGCGCGUGCUCCGCGACGAGAAUUGCGCGGAAUGCCACUGACAGCGCUUAAAUCGCUUCAGGCGCAAGCUAGGAGCGAGCUCGAGGAGAUAGAAAAGGUUCUGUACCUAGAGACUGCCACCAAAUGUAUGGUCUGCGAGGAACAACCGCGCAGCGUGACUCUGGCGCCCUGCAAUCAUUAUGUUCUGUGUGACGGCUGUGCUGCAACCGCUAAAGAAUGCCCCUACUGCCAGAUGCCGCUCCAACAGCAUCAUCAGUGAGAAAGCUUGUGUGAUGUGGUGUUAUGUGUGGCGGAGUCCCGUCGACUACGCCCAGAGCCGCUAUAUUUCCGUAGAAUUAAUCAAUUUAUUGAAACUCAAGCAUUGUAUUGUAAGUUAUUUUGUUCUGAAGUUCUAACGUAUUUCAAAGUCGCGUAUAUUUCAACGUGUUCCAUUCUACGACUAUCUAUUUUAAUUAAAUCGGCUUACCGAUGUCGCAGUCGACGGGCUUCCCUUUUGAUAGUUCGCUCUCUACUCAUAUUUAUUCUCAAAAAAGUUUAAAAAUAUUCUGAGCUAUGAUAAAUGCUAAAUCUUUUCUUGUAUUUUUAUAUAUGGAGUACAUUAAGAUAUAAUAUUGGUUGAUAAUAAUAUAUAGUGUAUUUAACGUUAGUGAAACAGCGAGACUUAUUCUGGUAAAUUUAUAAAUUAUAUCGACGGUCAGGUAUAAGAUCCUCAAAGAACUGCCACUGUCAUCUUUAAUAUUAUAAUAACGUCAAGCGAGAAUUUUUUGAAAAAUAUGAUAUAUCGAAAAGGGCUGCCAAUAUCAAAAAAAUAAUUAUCACUUUAAUAAAAAAAAUAAAUUGUCGCUUAAGUCCAACUGUAUUAUCGGAAGGAAGGAAGGAAAAGAACAUAUAUUUUUACUUGACAAUUUUCAGGCCCCCUUUUCCUUAGAUCAAUACAAACAGUUAUAUAAAUACAAUCUAUAUAAAAGUGAACAUUUUUAUUCUAUAUUUUUGACAAUUCACUUAAAAUGUGUAACUGAAAUAUGAAAGUUGUUAUUAUUGUAAUAGAAUAUAGCUUUUAAAUAUUAACUAAAGAUGUGGCAAUGGAACCUAUACACCAAAGCAUAUUGAAAAACUAACGACGAGUUGACAAACAGAUAGGAAAUAGAUUUUUUUAUAGACAUUAAUAUUUUUAAUAAUGUAACAUAAAGCAUUAAUAUAGUAAUCGGAGUUUUGUAUCAGAAAUAUAUGCUUUUGAUGUACGAGUAACUUUUAUAUAGAUUACAUAUAGUGGAAUGUUGUUCUUCUCAGAAAAUAUAAUAACAUAGUAACACUAUUUAUGAGAUCUUAUAUUGAAAAUGAAAUUAUAUUACGCAUAAAAUAGGAUUUUGUUUUUCAUCAACAGUUUAUAUAAAAUAUUAAAAAAAAAAAAUAACAACCCAAUGGGAAGAUUGACGUGUAAUAUUUUUUUAUAAAUGUUGAUGAAAAGACGACAGCGAUAGAAGGUAGAUUUAGUUUUUGAAUCAAAAGAUUUUUGCAUGAUUAUAUAAAUUCUAUUAACAUAGCCUCUUAUGCAACUAUAUUAAUAAUCGAGCAUUAAAGAGUUGUUAGUUGUUAAUUUUUUACAUUUUUCUAAUCUAUUAUAAAAAAGUUUAUGCUUCCUUCAAUUUAUAUUACUUUAUAUAUAUGACACGAUUAUUCAUAUGGACCAAUGCUAAUGCUUCACCUACAAGGGCUAUAACUUUCGGAGUGUUUUUUUUUUCUAACCAUUUUACAAAUACAUAGAUCGAUUAUCUAAUCUCGUUCAUAAGUUUAUUGACGCGAAGGAAGUCUAAAUUUAUUGUUUUAAUUGCGCAUUUCAUUUGAACAUUCCCUUUGAUCACUAAUGAGGGCUGUCGGCUCUUUGUAUAUCUAUUGUUGGAUUGCAUUUUAUUUGAUUGACUUUUAUAUUAUAUAAUAGGCAUUUGGUAUCGUUUCCCAAUAAGUACAAUUCUGUUUCGUGUAAGAUUUUAGUAAUCUGUGCAUGUGUGGAUAUCAAAAACUUCUAUUUGACAUUUGUACUUUGGGCGGGAAAUGUUGUCAAAUGCUCAAAAGGUAUGUCACAAUUGAUACUAAUAUGAAUAGUUCUUGUUAUAACUUGUAUUUAUAAUUUUUUAUUUUAUUAUACAAUGGUUGCAAUUGCUUGUUCCGGUAGCGACGCCCCGGUCGCUUUUUUUUUUUUUUAACGAAUACGAUAUGGUUUAUAUUUUUCGUAUAUUGUAGAUGAAUCUAAGUAAAAAUUAUACUCUAUAAUAGGCUACAUUUGUAAACUUACGCAUUUUAUAGACAUUUUCUAAUUUUUCUACUAUUAAAAAGUAUUUAUAUAUAUUUUGAAAAAACAAAAACCUAAAAAUCUUAAGUUUCUUUGUAUUCGUAUAUUAUAAUAGUAAUAACAAAUUGAUUUAGGUUUAAAUCUAGAUGUAAGUAGUGUUUUCAAAUUGUAUUGGACAUAUUUUAAGUGUAGUUUCAACAUGCAUAGUAAUCGAAAGCAAUACAACCACAACCGCCUUUACAAAUAUAUUAUAUAUAUUUAUUGGCGAUCGGCCGCAAAUGAAACUUUAUUAUACAUUAAUGACACUGAUAGAGUCAACGCGAGGAUUGCAACAGGUACGGCCGUGUUUGUAUGUCAAUACGGUACAUUUUGUAUGGUACGUAAAGGAAACGAUAGCUUUCACGUCAUGUCACUGGAUUUGUUGCAACAUCUGAUAUGUAGAAAGUAAUUCUAUAUUGUGGAGUGUAUGUUUUAGGUCUGUAACUCGUUUAAUUGGAAGGCUAUAUGAUAUUAUUACUCUGACAACUAGUUAGUUGGCUGCGAUCAAUUUUAUGGAAUUGAAGAGUAUUCGCGUAUUGUUGUGGGCCUAAUACAAAAAAAAAAAUCGAAUAAGCAUUUGUCGUGUGAAGUUUAGAUAAGGCGAGUGUGAUGGAAACAAAAUGUUCUGUGUUGCCAUCGCCUAUUGUAGCUUGCUAGUGUUUGUAUUUCUAAAAUUAGAUGUGUAGUAGAGUCACGUUUAUUUUUGUAUAGAAUCUUUAUCACAUGGAGACUAUAUUGAGUGAAAAUCAUGUGCAUCAAUCUAACUAGGGGCGUAAGUUACCUCUUAUUAGCUAUGUAUCAAAUUUUCGUUGGAGAGACCAUCUCAAACCAUCAGUUCCUUGGUGACAAAAGGAUCCCUAGCCCAGCAAAUUAAAAAUUCACUUGAAAUUUAAUAUUAUUGGGGUUGGCAUAAAAAAAUAUAAAUAUCCCGUCAUAUGGUUUAAACUGCAGUUACGAGGUCUAUAACCGUUGAUACAGCUGAUACUAUGGUAGCUAUGCCCCUGAGUCCAACUGACAGAUAAUAUAAAUCGUGUAUAAGAUUUCCACUUUGUCACAGAUUAUUAUUUUAUUUGCGAUACUAUUCAAUGUACAUUUUUUAUUUGGAUUUUGAUAUAGUAAUUGAUAAAAUUUAUUGAGCGUUUGUCAAAAAAAUUAAUGUUUGAAGGUGACACUAAAAAUGUGCAUGCUGUAUAGGAUAAUCAGAUAAUGAUGAGAGAAAAAUAUAAAUAUUACCAAUUUUUUUUUAUUCACAAUAUUCAUUUUUUUAUUAAAACUGACUAAUGUGGUAAUAAAUAGAGUGUAUAUUUCAAGAAAAGUAAGAAAUUGUAUGAUUAAAUGACUUGAAUAUUCUCUCCCUGAAAGAAAUUGGUCAAAAAGAUUAUUUUGAACAUCAUUAUUAUCUGAACAUCCCGUAUCAAACAGGUCGAUUAACAAUAAAAGUCAAAUAAUUAUAUUGCACAAAAAUAUUAUCAAUUAUAUAACAUCAUGUUAAAACAUUAUAAAUUUGUCUAUGGUAUCAAUGUUUUAAUAUUUUUACGUAUUAUAUUAAUUUUACAGGUGUGCUGUGGUUAAAGUUGGUUUUUUUAUAUCAUUGCAAUACAUAACACUAAUGCCAACAUUACAAACACAAGUUAUAUAGACGGUAUUUUAUGCUAGCAUUUUUUUUUAAAUUAGGACCAAUUUUUGUUUAUCUUUUUUAAAUUGUGUAAGCAUAAUAAUUACUCCUUUUUAAAUAUUUUUUUUUUCUUAAAUAUAAUUUUUAAUUAUUUAAUCCUUAGGUAGGUAGGUCCAACAAAUUUUUUUAAAUUAUUAUUGUUAUAAUUAAAUGUUUAAAAUGACUAAUGAGUUUUUAACUCGGAAGAUCAAAUGAAAUUGUUUUUUUUUUUCAUUUUUUUAUUUAUUAUUCUAUAUUCAAGCUUAGUAAUUUUCAUAGUAGGUAUUUUAUAAACAAUUUCAAAUCCAUGUGAUAUGAACAUGUAACAGAGAUGAUUAUAAUAUUAUAGGUAGGUAGGUUUAAUAAAUUUUAAAUUCCAUUCAAUAAAA